ACUAUUUGUAUUGGAUGAGGCUGAUAUGCUAAUGAACCUCUCCUUCAAAGAUGAUAUCAAUGCGAUAUUUAAGAGUUUACCAGCCAGCAAACAAGUGGUGGUGUGCAGUGCAACGUUCACAUCAGAAUUGAAGUCAUUUCUUGGCAAGUACAUGAACAAUGCACCAACCUACGUGACACCCUCAGGCAAAUGUCCGGUCCUACUCGGUCUGCGCCAUUUUGUGCUGCUCUCUCCUGAUCAGUCGUCAAAUCAGCUGCGAAGAUUGAUCAACAAGGAAAACCAGCUGAUGUCCAUUCUCAAGUCGGUUCCUUUCAGCCAAUGCCUCGUGUUUUCAAAUUACCAAACCAGAGCGGAAAGCAUUUGCUGCAAGCUGCGCCGGAAAGGCUGGGAGAAGUGCUGCGAAUGGAUCGCGGGCAGCCAGGAUCAGGGCACACGUAUUGGCGUGUACGAGCGCGUGCGUGACAUGAAGGCACGCAUCCUGUUGACGACAGACCUGACGGCGCGCGGACUUGACUUCGAGGCGACCAAUCUGGUCGUCAACCUAGACCUGCCCGCCGAUUCGCACACCUAUCUGCAUCGCAUGGGCCGCGCCGGCCGCUUUGGAUCUCAAGGAAUCGUUAUAACUUUAUUAGCGCUGGAUGAGAUGGCAAAGUUCAGAACUCUGAUUGGAAAAAUUGGUUCAUAUGCCAAUGCGUGCAUUAUACCAGACGAUGCACUCAAUAAGGAACUUUGGACUGUGAAUUUGGAUGUGUUGGAGGUACUUGAAGGACAUUCUGGGAGCGAGGAACCCGAACCUGAAGAGAUUCCUAAGCCUGAAAGUGAGGAUGUUGCCGAGAUCAAAACUGACAGCGAGUGUGUACACAUGAUCUACUCUUCAAAUGAGGAGGAACAGAAGGAAGAACAUGAAAAAACCACUCAACUUCUGGAAUUUGGAUUAAAACUUUUGAGGUUUAAGAAAGCACCAGUGUUCUACUCUUUCAAAAAGCUAGAAGAAUCUCGCAGACAUUUUGUCCGUGAUGCUGCUGCUGCAAACGAUUCAGAAAAGUGCAAAUGGAAGAAAGUGUUGGAGCCUGCAGGUAGCUUGGAAAGUGAUGUUGCCGAGUACUUCAUCUCGUCUUAUGGUCGAAAAAUGGCUGAUGUCACAGAAAGGUGUCGGAAUAUGUACUUUGUCGACGUUAUUAAAAGUUUACCUUGCAAAUCUGAUAGCAGCUUCAAGUUUACAAAUGAUUCCAGCAUUCAAGACUUGAAUCUUGAAAAACUCGAAAUAAGUGUUGAACGUUCAAAUGAAAAUAGGUCUAGUCAUUAUGGAGAUGAUGUAAUGAGUGGAUUGGACUCUCCAAAAUCAGGAUCUUCAAGUCGUCAAUCCCGUUCACCAUCUUUACAUUCUGUACUAUUCUUCGAAGACACUACCGGUGAUACCUCUAAUCGGAUACCUGAUGAAGAUUCUAAGUCAACCCAAUAUUCAGACAAUGACCAAAACAAAAUUAAAAAGCCAAUUCACAUUUUUGUGCCCAAGAGAAAAUUGUGCGAAGUGGAUUCAUCGUCUACUUCAUUUGAACAAGUCAAAGACUUGAGAUCCAAUACACCUGUACAUCAUCAAGAAAAUAACGACUUUCGGUACAUGUGUGGAUCAAAUGUGCAGUCAACAUAUGAAGGGAAUCAAGACUACAGGUAUACCACAGAUGAAUGCAAUAGGCGGCAAUCCACUUCAACCGUACAUUAUCAAGUGAAUCAAUACCCUGAGUACAUGGAUGAAUCCUUUGCGCAGUCGUGUGACUUCACUCCUCAGCAACGUAAAAGGAUAAGACAGGCCUUGAAUCCAUGUUACAAUCCUGCUAUGAAUAGCUAUUAUCAUUAUAACAGUAAUCUUCAUCAAAGUUCACAUAAUUCUUCUAUGCCCUUAGAUCAGUGGAAUGCCCUCUAUCGUCAACAAUUAUCGCAGAAAAGGAUGUAUACUAGUUACUCGUAUUAUAUGCAUCGUAUGCUACAUUCACUAACCUAACAUUGGUGAAACAAUUAAAACGUUAUUGCGUUCUAUAAUUCAACUUUGAGAUUGAUCAAAUCGAUCAAUCCACCUGAUUUAUUAUCAAAUCGUUAUUUUAUAUGGUAUCUGUUGUAUGAUUUAUCUUGAAGAUUGAUUAAAUUAAUCCAUCCAAUUAAUCAUCAGAUUUUUAUCUUAUAUGGAGAUUUACAAUUCUUGAGUUUCAAUAUUUCCAAUAAUGUAACCAUAGAGAAAAAAUAGAAUCCUACACUACUUUUGUAUUCUCUUUUAUGUAAAUAUGAUUUGAUAAUUAUGUGUUUCUCCCAUUUUCUAAUAAUAAAUCUGCUGCAUAUUAUAUCAAUCGCUGUUCCUUGUGAAGAUUUUACAUAUUUGUUAUUCUAAUCUUCAGUUAGUAGCCUAUUUGAAAUUGAAUUAAUGCUUUAUUGAAGUUGAUUCACUCACUGUAUUUUUAGCAUCAUGUUAUGUUGAACACUAAUCAAUUGUAUAAAUAUAUCAGUAAAAAAGGGUACGUAGGUUACUAUUUAUAAAUAAUAUAAGUAGCCCUGAAUUCAUACAUUUUAAGAAUCUUAUUAUUUAUUACUCAUAACUAAUUUCAUUGACUAAUCAUGAAUUGACUGGAAUAGAUCAGGUAAAUUCCAUACUCC